AUGGAAAAAUGGGGCACGUGCAAAGCGAACAAAUUAGGCCAAGAAACGGUAUAUGAGCAGCCUAACUAUCAACAAAUCAUGUCUCCGUCGUUACUCCAGCAAAUUUACGUGACUGCAAGCAAAUGCGAGCAGCUGAUGAUGCCCGCAUCUAAUGAAGACCUCCUGCAUUUUGGAGGCCUUCAAAGUGCUGUCUGCGGUGCGUUGCGGGGAUUUCGAGCAGCAUUAGAGGAGAAUCAGCAUCAAGCAGGCGAUGAUGAACGAGCGUGGAGACAAUUAGGUGAAGACUACUGGAGUGCAGUUUUGGAUCUUUUGAGCUUUCUGCAAUCAUUACUGACGCUGUUCCGGACCAAGACGAACGGAAAAGACGAUGAAGACGUUGCUCCGAUUCCAGAUUUGUUGGAGAGGGAGAUCAUCCGUGCAGAGGAGAAGAUAAAAGUUGUUGCAGAGCUCCUGCUUGGAGGACGGGAUCAUGAACGCGGCGAUGAAGAUGAUGAGAAUCAUCUCUGGGAAGAUAGUCAUAGUGAACAAUAUCUAGUCCUUCGGAGUCUAAUCUCCUCCGGGGAUGUCAUCUCGUUCGUGCAGAAGUAUGACCUGUUCUCGACAACGAAGAUGCGUUGCAGCGGAUGGGAGCUACAAAGAGCGUUAGAACUGCGAUAUCCGAAUUCGAAGGAUGAUCUGAACAAUUCGUUGGUCAUCAACAUCGCUGCUCAAGUCCAGCUGCUGCUGGACCGCUACGGAGUGGGAGAGGAAAUAUGUACUUUUAAAUUUGUAGGCUGCAUGCAAAACUUCUUGAGUAUUGACUAUCUCUUUACUUGGGUUGUUCAAAAGGAUCCACGAUAAUACUUAAAUUUGAUCAGAUCAGUCUCCGCGCAUGAUUUCGGAAGAAUCAGUCCCCUGAAGAGAUCCUGGUCACGUUCCUCAGCCGCGACGACAUAGCCAUCAGAUCCCAGCAUGAUCACAACGUGCACCUUCGAAGGAUGACACUUUCAAAGAUUUUGUGAGGGGCAAUGGGAAAGUCGAGUGGCCUUAGAGCUUGCUCUGAGGUUGCGAGGCAAGUACUCUGCCCUGAGGAUAAUCGACUAGGAUUAUGAGAGCUGAGAUGGUGCAUGGAUCCUAGGGUCGAGGAAUGAAAGACAGUCACGACGGAUCACAAAUAUUUAUAUCAUUUUUGAAAGUUCGAAGGCUGUGUCUCUGAACUCUACACUCCACGCUCCACCUUCUCUGCCAUCAUUCCAACAACAUUCCAAAGACAUCAUUCCAAGAAGAUCAAAAAUGUUGACGUGAUGACACAAUGUGGCUUUUACACUUAUGGCCUGUCCGAAGAUAUUUCUUCAGUGUGGUCUAAAACAUGUAGGGUAAAAUCUGACAAAACAUUCUCCUGAGCUUGAUGGCCUUGUUGAUGCUCUAUGAUUGGAGUCGAUGGAGGAAACGGUGACGAAGAGGGGAGUUGUAGAUCUACUAGAUCCUCUUGGUACAACUUCGUUCAGUGUGGCUGCAGAUCAGAGUUUGCUGUGAUGAUAAAAGUGAGUCUUAACGGACGUGUCUGAAGAUUCGUCUCGGUGUUGUCUCAAACAUGUAGGGUAAAAUCUGACACGAACUCGAUGUGCGAUGUAUUAACUACAGCGACUACGGCAUGCUUCUUUAGUAAGAACGCCCUCUACAUCAAACAGAAAACGAAAAGCCUUUUCCUCCACCAGGUCUAGCCGAUUUCGUCUUGAUAUUCGAUACAGACAGCGAGACAUUGUGGGAAGCUGUUGCUGCUCGCUCAGCCUGUCUCGAACCCGGUAGGGAUGAGCUAAGCCAAUAUGUCCGAUUCCACGCUCAGCUUGUUUCACGCGGACUUGUGGUGCAGUAUGAUGAUUCGGUGGGAGGUACGGAAACGACACCGCGUCGACCUUUAAUCUUCUUCCUGCGGCGUUUUGGUCGUUGGAUGGAACUAUUGUGCCGAGAUGAAGCAGCGACGGCUUGCAAACAACUCUUUCUUCUCGACCAGGGCUGCUUUUCGGGAUUCCGGGAACUUCUCGUCACCAGCAAGGUCUUCGCCCCACUAGGAGUUUCUCUCCAUCUGCUCACGCCGGAGUUCUUCCAAGAAAAUGAUUGCGACAUUAUGUGGGCGCCAGAUCCGGUUAGUUUUUCACCCUCUGGAAACUACCUAAGUCUACAACAACAACUUGCGUUGCAGUCAAGAGCACAGAGUAAAACUACUGGAGCACAAUCGCUGUCGCCAUCUGGUGCCGCAAGUCGAGCACAAACGCCUCCAUGCACUGCAGUUCGGUUAGACGAUGCCAGUUUCUCAGUUCCUGAAGUCCAGGAGCACUUGCGCGUGGCUAGAGCCCUUUUGGAUGCUGAGAACGCGCUUUUGGAUCGUACACAAAGGGCAAUACAGACGUCAGUGGAUGUUUACGAGGCGUCGAGAAUCGGGCGAGAUGAAGAUCAAUCGUCGGAAGAGCGAAUAAAUCGUGGGCGAACUUUGCAGCAGAAAGGCAACCUGCUGUCCUGCUGCUCUGAGGGAGCAUUGGUCUUAUCGGGUAUGCUGGCCGACCUCGGCGACGCGGAGAUGAACGAAGACGGUGAAGCCUAUAAUAGAGAUUCUAUCCAUGCACAAAGGAACGCUCUAGCGGACUGGACCUUACGCGCCAGUCCAUUUCUAGUCAUCGAUGAGCGUGGGGCGAAAGCUCAUCUGUAUCGAGAUCCGAAGGAUUUGGCGCGGUUGUCUUGGUCGUGUGACGCUACAGAUGCAAACCAGAAGUCUUCUGCGCUCCACGUGUGCGAGGACGGAGGUUGUUUCGCAGCUGAUUUAGAUCAUUUUCUUUCUUCAGCCAAACCAUCUAUUGCUGCUGACGACUCUUUACGUCAACCUGCGGAGCAGGCAGGCGGAAGCGUUGGAGGAGGUAGGAGGACAAAGUUUUUGAGAUCGUCGUACACAUCUGAGAUUGAUUUCACUCUUUUUAUGUCGGUAACUUCAGAUCCGAAAUAUCCUUUCCAGGGGUUUCCAAGAACACGGCCUGAAAAUGCCGUAUGUAUUCUACUGCGCUUCUGGUAGACUAGACACCAAGCUGAAAGUUGCUUUCUUUAACAUGAAGCCCUUCUCCGUGAGGCUUUGGUGGAUCGCGAAAAACUUGGGACAAUCUACAAGCUCUUGAGGUCUAUCUUCUCUCUCGCUUUCUCUUUCUCUCUCGCUUUCUCUUUCUCUCCCGCUUCUUCGUUGUCUAGCUCUGGAAGCUGUUUUUUUUGCCGGGGAUCCUUGAAGUGAUCUUUCUGUUUCUAUCAGGGAAUGACUUGACCUAUCGCCGGCAAAUUAACCCUCGUGGCUGAAACCGGGAUGACUUCGCUUGUGGUCGUCCCGGCACAACAUAGUGGUACACCAACUUUGACUGUAUUGAAUUCUGUUAUUUACUCUGUACUGGCGUCUUCCUUGCGGAUUGUCAACAGGCCUCUGUGUUGCGCCCUCACACUCGCCCUCUUCUUAACUUGCUUGUCCUUGCCCUUUGCUGCACUGCCCGCGAACUGAACGCGGCUUCUGCUGAGAAUUCACGCACUGCGUCACGACUGUUUUUGUUCAUCUGUUGCAGCUAUUACUACUGUACAAACCAAUGUAAACUUUCCGGAGAUCCUUGAAGUCACUCGUUUUUUCUAUGAAGGGAUGACUUGACCUAUCACCGGAACACCAUUGCCUUGGCGCUGAAACCGGGAUAGCUUCUUCAGUGGCUGUCUCGGCACAAACCCCUGUGACACUUCACCAGUUUCUGAUUCAUUUCUGUUCCUACGCUUCGCCAGGCUCACGGAUCCCGCAUGAUGUUACGUCAACGUCGGCAGACGCUGCGAAGGAGGACGCGUCCUCCACGUCGACGUCCGAACAGCCACCCCUGUUCCUCGGUUGUCCGCGACACGAGACUGUGGCUCGCCGUUUGCGACUUGCUCUUGCUGCUCGUCACGACGCCCUCACUGCCCGUCAACAAUUUGACGGCUUGAAAAACACACGUCUAUCUGAGCUAGAGCGCCAGCGCGCAAUCUAUGGCGCGAAGAUGGAGCGCGAGCGCGUGGUAUUGACCAAAGAAGUCAAUCGUCAGAUUACCGGUUUGGAAACACAAGUGAGAAAUCUAGAGGCCCUGCGCGAAGGCGUACGUCACAAGGUGGGUGAGAUAUUCGAGGCAAAGAGGGAAUUGCUAUUGCAAUGGGGCUGCAGCGGGACGACGCCCGUACCUGGUAGUAGUGCUUUGUUGACAUCUUCGGGCUCAUCCAGUAGGGCAGCCGGGCCAUCAACAGUCGCAUUAAAUGCUGGGGGCAGCGCUCAUGUUGUCGGUCACGUGGCCAUGAAAUCUGCUGGAGCUUCUGGCAACCUCAACAUAGCGCACACGACCACCGCUGGAGGUCGACAAUCCAACAACACUUCUGCCAAUGCCACGCACAACCAGCACCAUUUGUAUAAUCAGUUGUAUCCUCAGGCAGAACUUCCACACUUGCCUGGUGUCCUAGACAUUUUACCGGCACCUCCAAAUGUCGAUGUACUUGCUGAAAUGGAUCAAGAAAUGGAGAUUUUGCAGGCCCGGAAAGCCCUGCUACUAGAACGCGCGGAAAAGCGUCGAAAGGAAGGAGAGAAGAAGCUGCGGGAAAAGGAGCGCCUAGACCGCGUUGGAGCAGUGACAGAAGAAAGAUUUGUGAGGAGGAUGGUCGGGGCACAAGGGGAAUGAAGUACCUUGAUUUGGAAAAGUUCGAGAAACUCAAGAGUGUAGGUCACCGUUAAGCUAGAAAAACCGUUAUACCGUGUGCAAGUAGUGCGUUGACGAACAAACUGAUGCAACCGACAGUGUCAUGGGUAGUACCCAACCACGGAUUGAAAUAUGAGCAAGUACAACAUUUUUGCUUACAUCGCGAAAGCGAAAGUAAAUCUGGUAUUCAUUUUGUGCUGUAGUUGGGCAACAUCUGCCCUGGGUCAGAUCUUCUGAUAACUGUCGGGGUGAAAGCGGAAGCAUUGAAUGCAACAGUCAUGUCACGAAAUGCCUUGCGCAUUAAUGCGGG